GCUCCCUGGCCGCGUGGAUCCCCCGCAUUUCCUCCUAGUUUUCCUUGUGGCGGCACAGAUUAUACCACCAAUUACCAACUGCGCUUUCAAAGGACGGUUGAACAAAACAGAAUGGAGAGGCAACACAUGACCGCUGCCCACAGAGAGGUUCAAUGUCGCCUCAAGCAGCUGCAAGUACGCUACGCGGCAAGGAAGCAAUCAACUAUGAAGAAAUACUUCGGAUGCUGGAGGAGAGUGACUUCAGUUAGCUUUCAGACAAUGAGAGUCAACAAUGAGGAGGCUGUCCCUACCACUAAACACGCAGAAAUCGAAAUAGAAAAUCCUACGCCUGACCGGUCGCAGGAGAAUGGACGUAAACGUAAGUUACAAUGGACUUGCUCAAAAAUGGAACACAAGGAACCAGAACAAACAAAUCUACAUCAUGUGCAAAGCGAUAGUCAAAGGCUCAGAAAAGAAGUCCCACAACCAACUAUUCUGAAGAGUUGUAACUGUAACAUGGGUGGUAUUGACCUUUGUGACAUACCAGUACAAGAAAAUGAACAAUCAGACUAUUUAACCAUUUUACAGAUUUAGCUAUUAUUAAUUGGGGGAUUACGUACAAAAGAACCUAAGGAAAAGAAGAAGUACCUAUGUGUAACAGACUGUCCGUAGUAAACUUCAGACUGAAUUUGGCUAAUGUAGUGAUAAAGUGUUCUGAUGUCAGAAGUUCCUCAUAACUCUCCAAAGAAAUAACACUGGGUGAACAGGAGAUCACUGACAGUUCAGUAGGAGAUGACGACAAUAAACCCAAAAGAAGAAAAGUUGUUUCCAAACCAAGGAAGCCAACCCGAUGUGACUGGAUUGAUCAUCUUCCCCAAUACAUAGAAACAAAAAAAUGCUUCUAAAUGUCACUUUCAAGGCUGAAAAUCCCGCACAAGAAUAUUGUAAUGUUUAUUUAUGUGUGAUUAAAAACAACUGUUUCCUAAAAUUUCAUCAUCAAAAACUUUAAUACGUUUUUCACUCUGUUAUUUGUUUAUCUGUUCUGAAGUCCACGUAUGUGUACCUCAAAUAUUUUAGAGUGUACAAAAAAUAAAAAUACAAAUACCUUAAUCCUGAAUGUAAUUACAUGUAAGAGUAAUAAAAAUUACUCUGAAAACUA